AUGUAUUUCUAUGAACGUGAAAAGAAUAUUCGACUAAGUCUACUACGAGUAUUAUUGAAACAUGCUCAAGCAAAAUUAAUUGAACGUUGGGAACAACAAAGAGAGAGUUUGUCGAAUAGAAUCUCUUGGCGUCCGCCUAUAACAAUGAGUCGAACUCAAGAGUCUGUGAAUGAGGAAUGGGAAAGUUCCAUUGGUGUUACCCAUUCAGAAGUGAGAUUUCCUUCUGUUCUUGUACAAAUUACUAUACUAACGACAACAACAACCACGACGACAAUUGCACUAACAUAUCGUUGUGGAAGAUCGUUGACAGACGAUACAGAUUUUCGACGAAUACUAAAGGCACGGAAUGGGAAUGCAAAUGCCAGCAUCUCGUCGAAAACACAGGCACUGGAAGAAGAAGAAGAGGAGGAGGAGGAGAGUGAGUCGAGGAAUAAAUAAAGAACACACACACCAACUGUUCUCUUUCGCUUCUCCCAUGCAUAAGAAUAGCCCGUGUUUUUAUUCUAUGAGAGAGGCGAGUACACAUCUUAGAAAAUGUAGCCAAGCUCUUCUCACAGAUUUCUGAAACGGUAAUAGAUCAUGUAUCGAACCUGACAGGAUCUGUACGAAAAACAAAACAAAAAAGUUUUCCGAAAACUCGGGUCAGUGUAUUUCCAGGCGUUCUAUGCCCAUCGUCUGCUAAUUGUUUUCUUACCUUGUUAUAUGUCAAAAUGUAGCCACUACCCUAGUCGACCGAUCUUACGGUAAUUCUAUAGAAAUCUUAUAAGAAUCUUAUAAGAUUCUGAUAAGAAUUCGGUAAGAUAGAUUAUAUAAUUAUUUUAUAAGAAUUCAUAAGAUUUUGGUAAGAGUUCAUAAGAUACUGAUAAGAAUCUUAUAGGAAGGAUAUAGUACAAUUUCCUCACAUUCUUUAGUGAUCAGUACUCUAUAUUCUACUUUCUUACUAUAAUCUACUGUUUCAUACGUGAAUAAAAUAAUUUUCUUUCCACUUAUUUAAUUUUUCUACAAUAAGACCUUAGUCCCAC